AUGGCCGCUAAAACUCCCCUUCUCGCAGAGCUCGAAGCAUGUUCUUUCAGAAACAGAUCACCCGCCGAAACAGCUGACCAUAUGAAACCUCUCCUCGAUAAAUACCUACCACUUUCUACCUCUUCCUCCGGCUCCAGUGCACUGCAGGCUGAAAGGCAGAAGGAUCAUUAUAGUCAUUUCAUACUGCGGCUUGCAUUUGCUUCCACAGAAGACUUGCGAAGACGGUUUUCUCGGGUUGAGUCGAUGUUAUUCCGCUUGCGGUUUCAGGUAGACGAUUUGAAGGGACGACAAGCAUUUGUGGAAGGCCUAAAUCUAGAUUGGGAAACAGUGAGUGAGGAAGAAAAGAGGGAGAAUUGGGAACAAUUGAAAGGCGCGGCUGGCUGGGAUAAAAUGCGAAUAGAAGAAGAGAGUUGGUUCAAGGUAGACUGGGAGAGAGUACCCGAAUUAGUAGAGAGUCGGAGAGUAUUCUUGAGGGGUGGAAAGGCAUACGUACAUUCCAGAGAACAACUAUCCAUGGUUGUGGCGGAGUUUACCAAUAGGCUGGAUAAAGCUUUAGAGAUUACUUCUCGCGCACUUCCUCGACUUGACGAAGACGAUCGAUUAACGCCAAUCCUUACACAUCUCUCCCAAAACUUCACCACGCCCGAUGCAAAUUAUUCUGGCUCAGCUACUGCGGUGGAUGGAGCCGACAUAUCCGCCCGCAAUAUCGAUGUACUGUCAUCUUCAUUCCCUCUUUGCAUGCAAAACCUCCACAGAUCUCUUCGCCGCGAUGCUCACCUUAAACAUUACGGUCGUCUGCAAUACACUCUUUUUCUUAAAGGUAUUGGUUUAAACCUAGAAGAAUGUCUUGUAUUUUGGCGAUCUUCUUUCAGCAAAAUUACCGACGACGUCUUCAAUAAAGAAUAUAGAUAUAAUGUUCGUCACGCAUAUGGUGAUGUGGGAGGAGAUUCCAACCGUAGAGGAAAUGGAUACUCUCCGUUUAGUUGUCAGAAGAUUUUAACGGAACAUCCUCCAGGUCCAGGAGAAUCACAUGGUUGUCCUUACAGACAUUUUAGUGUGGAUAACCUGACAUCAUUAUUGCGUGCAGUAGGCGUUAAUGAUCAAGAGGUCUUGCGAGGGGUAAAAGAGGAUAAAGAGAAACAGAAAUUUCAUCUUGCUUGUAAUCGGGUCUUCGAAUAUGCACAUAAACAGGAGAUCAAGAAAGUCAAAGACAAUGGUACAUGGGAAGCGGCACAAUUAGAAACGAUUGUCCACCCUAACGAGUACUUCAAACGAAGUUACCUACUUAAAAAUAUGGACAAAAAUCCCGCCGUAGAGGAGGAUGUCAGGAUGGACGGUUAA